CGUUUGCUGAGACACUGACAGUUUGACGUUUCGGUGUUUAUAGGUUAUGACUUUUACCAUUAUCUAAACUGCAAAAAAAUAAAACUUUCUCCAAUCUUUUAAUAAAAAAUUGUGUUGGGCUACUCAUUAACCCAACACUGAAUUACUAUGGAUCCUGCCUUAUUAAAGGAGCGAGAGCUUUUCAAAAAGAGAGCAUUAACAACACCGAGUGUCGAAAAAAGGAAAGCAGAGCCCAUACGGGAUGAUAAGAAGAAACCGAAAACUUCCAGUGCACCUGCACCAAAAUUGGACAUUAACUCGUACAAAACAGCCACCGGCAGCUCACAAUACAGAUUCGGCGUGUUAGCGAAAAUUGUAAAACAUAUGCGGACUAGACAUCAGGAGGGUGAUCAACAUCCGCUCACGUUAGAAGAAAUUUUAGACGAAACAAAUCAGCUAGAUGUCGGGAAUAAGGUCAAAAUAUGGUUGCAAACGGAAGCGUUACAAAGUAAUCCGAAGGUGGAAGUCACAAUGGAUGGCAAAUUUAUAUUUAAGGCUAUGUACAAAUUGAAGGACAGAAAGAGUUUGCUUAAAUUACUAAAACAGCAAGAUUUAAAGGGACUAGGCGGAAUUUUAUUGGAUGACGUGCAAGAAUCUUUGCCUCAUGCCGAGAAAGCGUUGAAGACAUUGCAAAAUCAGAACGAAAUUAUUUUUGUGUCCAGACCGACCGAUAAAAAGAAGAUUUUAUUUUAUAACGAUCGCACCGCAAGUUUACCUGUAGAUGAAGAAUUCCAAAAGCUAUGGCGUUCUGUGGCGGUCGAUGCCAUGGAUGAUGCGAAAAUAGACGAAUACUUAGAAAAACAAGGUAUUCGUUCCAUGCAAGAUCACGGCCUUAAGAAACCGAUGGCUCCGAAACGGAAAAAGGCAGCGCAGCGUAAAAAGCAAUUUAAAAAGCCGAGGGACAACGAACAUUUGGCUGACGUGUUGGAAAAUUACGAAGACACCACGCUUACGCAAAAAGGACAAUUUUCUUCGAAAACUGCUAGUUAAUUUAUUAUUUUAUUUUAUUGGUUUAUUUUGAGUGCUAGAGAAUUAUGAAUGAUUUAUUUUAAUGUAUACAGUUUGUUGACUGAAAAAUAUACACAUAAACAAAGA